AGAGAGAGAGAGAGAGAGAGAGAAUUAGAGAUGGAGGGGAGAGCGAGGGGUUCACUGCCGUUUGUGGGGAUGAUCAUGGUGGUUCUGGCUCAAGCGGGCAACAUGGUGGUGAUGAAGAUGGCCAUGUCCGAUGGGAUCAACAAGUACACCAUGGUCUUUUACUGCAAUGCCCUCUCCUCUCUCGUCCUCCUUCCUUGUCCCUUCAUCAUCUCUCGCAGGUCAGGGUCGUGUCCUCCUUUCACUUUCUCUGUACUUCGCAAGAUCUUCUUGCUCUCUCUGGUUGGAUUCACAUCACAGAUGAGUGGAUAUGUCGGUAUCGAUUACAGCUCCCCUGUUCUGGGCACGGCCAUGAUGAACCUCAUCCCAGCUUUCACUUUCAUUCUCGCCCUUAUUUCAAGGAUGGAGAAAGUGAAUUGGAAAAGCUCAAGCAGCCAAGCUAAGCUUGUGGGAACCAUCGCUUCCAUUCUCGGUGCGUUCUUAGUCACUCUCUACAAGGGUCCACCGAUUCUCCGCUCACCUAUUCCUCCUGCUGCUGUCCAACCUCGCCGCCUUCUUUUUCUUUUCUCACGACAAUCGAAUUGGAUUCUUGGCGGGUUUCUCCUGGCGGCUGAAGCUUUCUUGAUAUCAUUAUCAUACAUUGGACAGGCAUUUAUCCUCAAAGAUUAUCCCGUGGUGCUGAACAUAAUGUUCUAUGUACUGUUCUUUCAGACAAUUUUUUCCGGCCUAUUGUCCUUCGUUACAGUGAGAGAACCACAAUCAUGGAUUCUUAAAGUAGACAUGGGUUUGAUUGCGAUUUUGUACUCGGCUUUGGUUGCUGGUGUCUUCAGAGUCACAUUGAGCACAUGGUGUCUGAAGAGAACCGGACCUGUUUAUGUCUCCAUGUUCCAGCCCUUGGGAACUGUAUUUGCUGUUGGAUUGGGGUUCAUAUUUCUCAGCGAAAAGUUACACAUUGGAAGCUUAGUCGGAGCAAUUGUGAUUGUUAUGGGAUUCUACUCGGUGUUGUGGGGGAAGUCCAAAGAGGAAGAGAAGACGAUCGAGGGCAGCGGGGUUGGUGGGAGCUUGGCAUCCUCAAGCGAGGAGAUUCCUUUGCUCCAAGACAAAGAUCGGAGAGUGUAGAUAUUGUACGUAUUCUAGAUGUUUAAUUAUUCUAUGGGGCCUGAAAAGAUUUAAAUUCGAAGCCUUCUGCUCUGAUUACCAUAUGAGAUUUUGUGGAAUCACUGCUAAUUGUUCUAAAAGAUUAAGUUGGCA